CAAAGCGCAAAAGCUCUCUUCCUCUCUUGUUCCUUGUAUAUAUACAGAUAGUUGCAAACUUGCAAUGGCCCCGGCACAAUCAGCUGCUACAAGUGGUGGUUCUGACUUCUGAGGCGGCGCAAUGUGUUGUAGCGGCGUCAAGUUGUGGAGGGCGAUGGUGAGGGUGCACUCCGCGUCGCAGGGGCUCGACGCGGCCGGACCGGCCGCUGCCGUUGCUCCCUCCUCCUCUGAUCAGACAGCAGCGACGACCAAGAUGGCGGCGGCGGCGGCAGGGUCGUCGCAGGGGAGCAGCGAGCAGCCGGAGGUGUUCACCAUCUGGAUGAAGUCGCUGGUGCUCAACGGCAGCGGCUGCACCGUCUUCGACUCCGCCGGGAGCAUCGUGUACCGCGUCGACAACUACGCCGCCCGCCGCGCCGACGACGUCUGCCUCAUGGACCUCGCCGGCAACGUCGUCCUCCAAAUACUCAAGAAGGUAAGUCAUAGUAACAACUUUAGUUUCAUAAAAAAAAAUAGUAACAACUUUAGAAUUUAUAAAACUAUCAAGAAUGAUUAGUGUGAACAAUAAGCAGCUGGCUAAUCUGACACGCGAGCUUGAUCUUUGGUCGUUGAUCUGGCUGGAGUACAGAAGCUUGGGUUCGGGAGGAGGUGGGAGGGGUACAGGUGGAGCGACCAGGAGCGGCCGUGGUUCAAGGUGACGAGGGCAUGGGCGUGGCGCGGGCCCUCGCGCUGCACCUGCGAGCUCAUCAGGGGCGACGACACGGCGACCGUGGUGCGCUACAGGAUGGACGACGGGAGGAUCGCGACGGCGCGCGGCGCCUGCAGGAUCGUGGACGGCGCCACGGGGCUCGCCGUGGCCGAGGUGAAGCGGAAGACGACGGCCGCCGGGGUGGCGCUCGGCGCCGACGUGCUGACCCUGGCGGUGGAGCCCGGCGUGGAUCGGUCCAUCAUCAUGGGGCUCGUGCUCGUCCAUGGCCUCAUCAACCGCGCCAUGUGAGACGACGAGAUGAUGAUCAGCUGAUGAACUCUGCUAACUACAGUACAUACUAUAAGCAGGAGAUAAGAGGAGACUGCUCUCUGUCGAUUUUGUUGUUCCACUGCGUUUUGAACUUAAUUCGUAAGGACAGGAGAGGGAGUACGUAUAAUUAGUCUCUUAGCCAGAGAUAGGUCUCGUUCUUCAGUUCCUUGUACAAAUGGAUGGAGAUGAUCAAACUAGCAAACAACGACGGCUUUUGCAGUUUAUUAUGGCA